AUGCCUGAUAUUGAUCCAGUAGAUGACGAGGAAGAUGCUUGGGAUUACUCAUUUCCACCGUCGACUGAUUCACUCCCACUAGAGCAAUCGUCAACUUUGCAGCAACAACAAGCUACAAAAUCAAGACCAACUAGGCUAACCCGAGCCAACUCAGAUGAACAACAACUGCGACAGCUUGCUCAGCAAAUCGAAAUAAUCAAUAAAUUAAAGCAAGCUGAACACUCAGAUGUUGGCUCAACUGGUGUCAGAUCAUCCAUUUCUUUGACAUCAACUUUUAGCAAAACGCCAUUGAAUCCGUUAACAACGAAGGAAGACGCCAGCUCAGUGAUUUCAAAGGAUUCAAGUACUCAACAAUCUACACAUGAAUCAGAUAAUAAAGAUAAACCUAGGUUUCUCCAGAACCUUCAAAGCAUCGAUGCUAAUAAUCAAACGACUUCGCCGACUUCAAAUAACUCGAACGAUCUUGAUCGGAAAUUAGGAUCGCCCAAAAUUAUUACAUACCGCAAAUCAAAGAGAACUGUAAGUGAAAACACGUUUGAUUCAUUUGAUCCAUCGACACUGUUGACAACACCUCCUCCUACAAGCAAGUUUGAUACUAGAUUGUACGUGGAUGAGUUUUACAAGGAUUCAAAAUACAGAUACGCCACCAUCAAGAGAAAUGUUGAGUUUCAUCAAUUGUUCAAUUCCCUUGACUUGACAGACAGGUUAUUGGAUGAUUUCUCUUGUGCUUUGAGUCGCGAAAUUUUACUUCAGGGUAGAGCAUACGUCAGUGAAAGUUAUCUUUGUUUCAACUCGAAUUUAUUGGGAUGGGUUACAAAUUUAGCCCUCAAGUUUGACGAUAUUGUUAAAUUUGAGAAACGGUCAACUGCCGGAUUAUUCCCCAAUGGUAUCAGCAUCGAAACAGAAGAUGGAACAGUGCAUACGUUUGCAAGCUUUUUAUCUCGAGACCAAACUUAUGACCUAAUGACUACUGUAUGGAAGGGAAAAACAGGAAGAACGAAUCAGGAGCAAUCAUUUGAAUCUCCUCAGGCAAGCCAUGAUGAUUCCGAGUCACUAGCUAAUAUGACUUCACCUAGAGUACAGUCUUAUAUUAUGUCACUCGAUGGUGAUGAUGAGCCUACUCCAAGAGGUCAAGAUGAUACAGAUCAAGAAGAGUCUGGUGAAGAUGAGGGGUCUGAUGAUGAGCCGAAAAAUGGAGGAUUAUUGCCUGCGCUUGGAAUCAGUACGAAACCUUCAAAAGUGGCAAAGCUUAAACCAGAAUCCAAAUAUCAAAACCUUGGUCCUGACACUCAUGCAUCUACAACUGCAAAGUACACCAAGUUCCCCCAAGAAGUCGACUUGAUAGAAACGAGGAUCGAUGCUCCAUUAGGUGUAGUAUUUUCCAUACUAUUCGGUUCCAACACAGAUUUCCAAGUUGAGUUUUUGAAGCGCCAUGAUGGACUGGAAAUAUCGGAAAUCACUGACUUUAAGUCAUCAUUUGAAGAUCCACUGCUAUUGAAAAGAGAAUACACGUAUCGUCGUCAGCUAGGAUACUCAAUUGGUCCUAAGUCAACAAGAUGUGAAGUGACGGAAACUAUAGAGCACAUGAACCUUGCCGAUUAUGUGGUUGUAACCACCACAACCCAAACGCCUGAUGUUCCACUGGGUAAUGCGUUUGCGGUAAAGACGCGAUACGUCUUUAAUUGGGAUGAGCUGAAUACUACAAAUUUAUUAAUUAGUCUCUAUAUUGAAUGGAAGGGGAAAUCCUGGAUGAAAUCAGUGAUUGAAAAACUGUCAAUAAGUGGAUCAACGACUACUUUGAAUGAAUUGGUGAAGGAAUUGAAAGAAGAAGUUGAGAAAAAUAUCUACUAUGUGGAUGGACCAAGUGAAAUUGCCCCCAAAAAGAAGAAAAAGAAGAUGGCUGAUGAAAAGAAAUCUGUGGAGGUGAAGAGUGCAGUGGCAACAACAUCCGCCACUACUGAAGCAUUAAUUUCAAGGAUAUUGCAUCCCGGUUACAUUCUUGCUUUGAUUGUGAUAUUGCUACAAUUGGUCAUCUUGUACAAAUUGCUCGCUUUGCAGACAGCGUUGGAGUUGCAUUUUAGGGCUAACUUGACGAGAUGA